AUGGAACCAGGCAAUGGAACAGGCAUUUCAGGAUUUCUUCUUCUGGGAUUUUCAGAGGAAUCAGAAUUGCAGUCCUUCACAUUUGGGCCUUUUCUCUCCAUGUAUCUGAUCACUGUGCUUGCAAACCUGCUCAUCAUCUUGAUUGUCAGCUCUGACUCCCACCUCCACACACCCAUGUACUUCUUUCUUUCCAACCUGUCAUUUGUAGACAUCUGUUUCACCUCUACCGCCAUCCCAAAGAUGUUGGUGAACAUCCAGAUGCAGAGCAAAGUCAUAACCUAUGGAAGUUGCAUCACCCAGCCGUACAUUUUUGUAAUCUUCUCGGGGCUGGACAUCUAUCUCCUGGCCGUGAUGGCCUAUGAUCGAUUUGUGGCCAUCUGUCACCCCCUGUACUACAUGGUCAGCAUGAACCAUCAGCUCUGUGGAAUCUUGCUUCUAGUGUCUUGGAUCACAAGUGUCUUGCAUUCUUUCUUACAAACUUCAAUGGUGUUGCAACUCUCAUUCUGUACACACAUGGAAAUCCCCCACUUUUUCUGUGAACUCAAUCAGAUGAUCCAACUUGCAUGUUCUGAUGCCUUUCUUAAUAAUAUGGUUAUGUAUUUUAUAGAUAUGAUGCUGUGUGGUGGUCCCCUCGCUGGUAUAAUUUAUUCUUACUUUAAGAUAGUUUGCAGUAUAUGUGGAAUCUCAUCAGCUCAAGGGAAGUAUAAAGCAUUUUCCACCUGUGCAUCUCACCUCUCAGUUGUCUCCUUAUUUUUUUGUACAAGCCUAGGAGUGUACUUCAGCUCUGCUGCUAGCCAGAGAUCACACUCAAGUGCAAUAGCCUCAGUGAUGUACACCCUUGUCACACCCAUGCUGAAUCCCUUCAUCUACAGUCUGAGGAAUAAAGAAAUAAAAGGGGCUCUGAAAAGAUUCUUCGGGAUGGCAAGUACAAAAGGACCAGUUAUACUUGGGCAGAAGAAAUGCCCAGGAUUGCAGGACUCAAAGCCUCAGAGUCAGAAUUGUGCUUCUUUAAUCACAUUGCAGAAGUAG